AUGGAGAUAAGGAAAAGUCAAGUGGUCAUGCUAGUUUUGUUGGCAAUAAUGAGUCUAAUGGUGAGUCAAGUGGCCUUAGCGGAGAAGUAUUCAGGCUCAAUGGCUCCUCAUGACCGGCAAAUAGCGGAAAUGCAAGCCCUUAAAGCUUCAUUGGUUCGCCGAAACCUACCGCCUUUGGUAUCUCCUCCUCCUACCCCUCCUCAGGCAGUACCCGGUCCGCGAGUGUAUCAAGUGAUAUCAUAUGGGGCUGAUCCCACGGGGAAAUUGGAUAGCACGAAUGCGAUAUUAAAAGCUAUGGAAGAUGCAUUUGAAGGUCCAAAUCAUGGAGUUUUGAUGGAAGGUAUAAAUGAUCUUGGGGGAGCAAGAAUUGAUCUUCAAGGUGGAAGCUACUUAAUUAGCCGUCCUCUCCGGUUUCCCUCAGCCGGCGUCGGAAAUCUCCUCAUAAGUGGAGGAACAUUAAGGGCAUCAAAUGAUUUUCCGGUGGAUAAAUACCUAAUCGAACUCAAAGACGAAUCAUCAAAGUUACAAUACAUCUUCGAAUACAUAACUCUCCGUGAUCUUCUCAUCGACUGUAACUAUCGCGGCGGAGCAAUCGCCGUCGUGAAUUCUCUCCGAACAAGCAUAGACAAUUGUUACAUCACAAGAUUCGGAGACACAAACGGAAUCCUUGUCAAAAAAGGACAUGAGACUUACAUUCGAAACUCGUUUCUUGGUCAACACAUAACCGCCGGUGGAGACAGAGGAGAGAGAAACUUUUCCGGCACCGCCGUGAAUCUGAUGGGUAACGAUAACGCCGUUACUGACACCGUUAUCUUCUCGGCCAAGAUUGGGGUAAUGAUAACCGGACAAGCGAAUCUAUUAUCUGGUGUGCAUUGUUAUAACAAAGCAACCGGUUUUGGAGGAACCGGAAUUUAUUUGAAAUUACCCGGUUUAACUCAGAACCGAAUUGUGAAUUCUUAUUUGGAUUAUACCGGUAUCGUCGCGGAAGAUCCGGUUCAGUUACAGAUUUCAGGGACGUUUUUUCUGGGUGAUGCGUUUAUUUUGCUGAAAGCGAUAACCGGAGUGGUUCGUGGGGUUAAUAUUGUUGAUAAUAUGUUUUCCGGUUCGGGUAAUGGGGUCCCGAUUGUGCAAUUGGAUCAGACGAAUUCCGGUUUUGGUGACGUUGACCAGGUGGUCGUUGACCGGAACAGUGUGAACGGAAUGGCGGUUAAAUCGACGGUUGGUAAAGGAUCGGUUUAUGGAAAUGGUACGUCUUGGACCGUUGAUUUGAAUCCGGUUUUGUUGUUUCCGGAUAUGAUCAAGCACGUGCAGUACACGCUUGUGGCGAGUGAAGCUGGCGCGUUUCCUGUUCACGCGCUAAGGAACGUUACGGAGAAUAGAGUGGUCAUUGAGACAAAUGCUCCUGUUACUGCAGAUGUUCAUGUAACAGUGGAUCAAGGAAUUUGA